CUUGCAUCACUGUCACUGUCAAAAGUGUCAAAUAUUUGGGGACUUGGAAAAUCCAUCGAUUUUCACCGCUUUCACGAAAAAAUUGUUUUGCGUAAUAUUAUCUUCUCGAUAACCGGAAUAUCUACUGUGUGUAAUAAAUAAUGGGCAACAAGGGUGUUAUUCCGUUUAUCAAGGACUUCUAUUACGAUCCCUUCAAAUGGUCAGUGGUGAAGAGCAUCGGAUUCUUCGCAGUUGGCGUGGUCGUCGCGAGCGAGUGCACAGGCCUAGAACUCAUGCCUGCGGUCCCAAAUUAAAAAAAAAACAUACCAUAGACUUUUAUGCUAAGUUUAAGUAGUACACCAUGAUGUUAAUUUUGAAUUCUCUUUUGUUUUUUCUUCUCGCCGGCGGGAUUUUGUGCGAUAAACCGAACUUUGUGAUUAUAUUGACGGACGAUCAGGAUGUCACGAUGGGUGGUAUGACUCCGAUGAAGCAUGUCCGGCGGCUUAUUGGUGAGGAGGGCAUGACGUUUGCUAACACGUUCGUGUCAUCCCCAAUCUGCUGCCCGAGCCGUGCGAGCUUCCUCACCGGUCUCCACGUCCAUAACCAUGGGACCAGGAACAACACAGUGCGAGGUGGAUGCUAUGGAACUCAGUGGGAAAAACUUGAAAUGAAGACAUUUGCCACGGCUCUGAACGAUGUAGGGUAUAAGACGUUCUACGCUGGAAAGUAUCUCAACGAAUACGGUAAAACAGACAGAGGAACUUCGGUGCCACCCGGCUGGACGGAAUGGCACGGGCUUGUGGGAAACUCUGUCUACUACAACUAUACGCUGUCGAACAAUGGCGUGCCGACGCACUCUGAAGACCUUUACCUUACGGAUAUCAUCAGAGACUUAAGCGUCAACUUCUUAGAAAACCAGACGGAACCAUUUCUAAUGGUGUUGGCGCCGCCGGCUCCUCACCAGCCGUUCACGCCCGCGCCGCGCCACAAGGACUCUUUUAAUGGCGUCACAGCACCUAGGACGCCAAUCUUCAAUGUGGCUGCAAAGGACAAACACUGGUUAAUGACAAUGCCGCCAUCUCCGCUCCCCGCCUCGCUGCUGCCUGAGUUAGACCGAGCUUACCGUUCCCGAUGGGAGGCACUUCUAGCAGUGGACGAAAUGGUUGCCGAAGUUGUCGCUGCGUUGAAGAAAGGCGGGCAGGAUAAUACCUAUAUUAUAUACACUUCGGACAACGGGUAUCAUGUUGGACAAUUCUCCCAAGUUUACGACAAACGCCAGCCUUACGAGUCAGACAUCAGGGUGCCCCUCCUAAUAAAAGGGCCCUCUAUCAAGCCAAACACGACCAGCCGACACCCAGUUAUGAACAUUGACUUGGCUCCCACCAUCUUGAAACUGGCCGGUCUGGAGGUUCCUGGGACUAUGGAUGGAAGAGCGAUUGACGUUUUAGAUGAAAACCCAGUUCAAGAUCGAACCAUGCUGGUGGAAUAUUUCGGACAAAGCCAAGACAGGGCAGUGGACUCGAAGUGCCCGUGGAAAUAUGACAGCGAGCAUUUAGAUGAAUGCCGACCUCUUUACGAGUGCAAAUGCCAGGACUCGGUAAACAACACCUACGCGUGUUUAAGGCGCGUCGGGAAACAUGUCAACGACAAAUACUGUGAAUUCAGAGAUGAGAAGGAUUUCAUCGAAAUCUACGACUUGGACGCCGAUCCGUUCGAGCUGACUAACCUGAAGAAUUACACUAUGGGCGCGUUCAUAGCGUGGUACCAUCAUGUGCUGAGCGCUAUGGUGGCAUGCAAGGGGCCUGACUGCGACCCAAUUUAUGUAGAUUAACACUUUCGCUACCAAGAACCCGCCUAGGCACUCGUGAACUUUGCACAGAUGCCGGACAAUACAACUCGUUAGCGGGUUGUCAUUGUCAUACAAGCGAGCUAACCUGAAGAAUGACACUAUGCGCGCGUUCAAAGUGUGCCGUGGUACCAUCACGUGCUGAGUGCAAGGGGUCUGAUUGUGAUCCUACUUUUGUGGAUAAAUGAAAAUAGUUUUUGAUGAAGUAUGUAAAAAUGUUUCACUACAGAAACAUUUUGUACUAAUGUGAUGAUUAGGGUUAGAUAACUUAAUUUUAAACUGAUUGUUUAAAAUAGAUUUGUUGCUACUGUGUUAUAGUUGUAAAAGUUUGCAUAAUCGACAAAGAUUUUCAUUUCUACUUCUAUGUAAUUGGGAAACUUUACAACAAAAUAUCGAUACAAAAUUGUUUACCAUGUUUAAAACGAGCUCGUUGCAUUUUAGUAGGUAAGUAUUUAUGAUUUAUUCUUAAAGGAAUGCAUGUUCAUUUCAGGACAAAGGUUUCAGUUGUAGUCUUAUCUUAAUUUAACUAAUGUAUAAUUCUACUUUAAAAUAAACCACAAAUAGAUUUUAACAAUUUUUAUUACUAACUGAACACAACCCUUUAUAAAAAAGAUUUAAAACUAACAAUAUCAAAAAUCACAGUCUCAUGGCACUUACAAAAUACUAACAAUACUGUAUCGAAUGUCUAGUCGAAAUAGGAGCGUUUGCGCACUGUUAAGACCGUUUCCGGUAUCUUUAAAUGGUAUGACAGAAAACUAUGUGAUUCCUAUGAAAUAAAUAAUAAACCUAGCUUUUUUUUCACAAAUGGCCUUAUGUUCAAACAGGAUGAUUUGUUGAGACGCAAUAAUAUGACGUCACACACACAAUAUCCAAUUUAAAGGAAACAACGUUACAUCUACUUUAGACAAUGAAACGAACACUGCUUAAGCAAAGGCCUUAGUCUGCCAAAAGGGGUUUUAGUAUAAAAUAAAAGCGUUACACUGGAUAGGGCCUGUAACAAAAGCAAAAAAUUUAACUGUAGGCUAUACUCCUUAUAAUGACCAAUUUUUGUUCAGCGGCUUUUAAAAAUAACUUUUAUUUUGAUUUUUAGCACCCAUGACAGUUUUUCCUAAGAGGUAAUAUAAUGCGAACUAAGUCUCACAACAAUAAUGGCGUACAUUGAAGCGAAUAUUUAUUUUGUAUGAAAAAUUACAGAAUUCAUAAUUUUUAAGUCGCU